AUGGGAAAUUCCCAGACUGGCAAUGGAGGCAACUUCAAGGAGGUCCGGGUGGUCCUUGCAGGGAUGCCCGCAGCAGGCGCCAAGUCGCUGGCGACACGCUUCACGAGCAACGUGUGGCUCGAGCGACCAGCUCCCGGAGCAGGUUGGGAGCCGCUCGCUCGACCUUUCGAGAGGAUUCAGCUGCUGCUACUUCCUGUUGGGUCUUCCCAGGGCCUUUGGGAGCACAUUACGGGAGCAGACGUGCUUGCCUUCGUGGUCGAUGCAGACAGCUUUGAUGAGGCGCCCUUCGGCAGCUCCUUCAACAAAGCUGUUAGCUACCUGCCGGAAGGCGCACCUGUCAUUCUUUUGGUGAACAAGGUGGAUGCAGACCCAGAAGACGACAGCAAAGAGGCCAGAAUUGCCGUGGCAAGCAGCCCUGGAGCAGAUGUUCAGGCCAGGUGUAGUGCUGCUGCGGCUUCCUGCACGGUGGCAAGCACUGUCCGCCAGUGCAAAGCAUACCUCGUCAGUGCAAAGACCGGCUUUGGCUCCGAGGAAGCCAUUCGAGCGAUGUGUGGAGUGCGCCUCAUAUUCUGA